AGAGAAUACCUUGAACAGAUCUCUAAGAUGCCUGAUGGAUCAGAAGCCUCUAUGAGCUGCAUUGAAAGCAGUUGUGAUGGAUAUAUUCUGCCAAAAAACUCAAUACGUGGAAGUAGUUCAGAGGGAUCUCAUGAUCUUACAAACAAGGUUCCAUCGGUUAAACAAAAGAAGCCAAAGAAGACGUACAAAAGAAAGACAUUUGCCAGUACUAAGAGAUCAGAAUGUGAACACUCUGACACGAGCCUGGAAAAUGUGUCAGUACUGAAGCAUCAAAAAAGAAAAAUUGGUGGCAAAGUACACAGUAAGAGGCAUCAUUGUCUGUACUGUCCCAUGCAGUGCCAUAGAAUGGCAAGACAUUUAGUCCGAAAACACAGCAAUCAAUCAGCUGUAGCAAAGGCAGUCAGUUUUCCUUUGAACUCAAAAGAACGAAAACUGCAUUUUCGCCUAAUUCAAAAUAAAGGAAACCAUGCUCAUAAUAAUGAGGUAUUGAAGAAUGGUAGGGGGACAUUGAUCCCCAGUUAUCAAACUAAGGAACCAGUGAAUGCAAGUGACUACAUGCACUGCAUUUACUGUGAAGCUUUGCUUAAAAGAAAAUCCUUAUGGAGGCACGUGUCCAGGUGCAAACUUUCACGAAACUGUAGCACAACAAAACCAGGCCAAAAUCGUGUCCAAUCACUCUGUGCCUUUGCACAGCCCGUCCCAGAUGGUGUAAGCAAAAAGGUUUGGGAGCUAACAGAUGCAAUGCAACAAGAUGAAGUCACAAACAUCAUCAAAGAGGAGAAAAGCAUUUUGAGAUUUGGAGAACAUUUGUAUGUAAAGCUUGGACAUGACAACACCAAACAUGUGUACAUUAAACAAAAAAUGCGAGAAAUAGGAAGACUUGUUCGGCAGGCACGGAAUAGUGGCAGACUGAAACAUAUGGAGGACUUCUAUGUACCUUCCAACUUCAACUCUGUGGUUGAAGCAGUACGAGAGUUGGCUGGAUUUGAUGAACACAGCUACAGCUACAAAACUCCGUCCUUGGCCUUAAAACUGGGUCAUAGUCUCAAGAAGAUUGCAGAUAUACUUCAGUGUGAAGCACAGAUGGCAGAGUCUGACAAUGAGGAAUUUCUGAAGAAUCUGGAGAGGAGCCGGAGUAUUUAUGAGAAAAAGUGGGAUGUGUGUGUGUCACCAUGUGCCCUACAGACUCUUAAAGAGGGGAGACGGACUAUGAGCCUGGACCAAUACCAAAUCAAUCCUGAAGAGGAAGUACCAGAGGCUGUGGAAAGCGAUCUCUCAAAGACAGAGGCACAGGAGUUAUCUUUCAGCUCUAGGUCAUCAGGCUCCUUGAGAUCUAAAAAAAAGUCAGCCAAUGACUGAUGAGUCUGAUGAUGCACCCACAGGAUCUUCAACACCUAAGAGAAGAAUGCUAGCUGUUGACAGUGAUGAUGACCCUAAAACUGG